GGCGGCUGCUGCUCAUUACCGCCACACGUUUCGCGGACGCCGGUCGACCGUUCCCGUCGUCAUCGUCGUACCUCACACCACGAUCACACGCGCUCCAUACAACACUUCUCACGCCGCCCGUCGUCGCGCGCUUAAUUUUAUCGUCUUUUCGUUUUAUCUGUCGGCCAUCCCGACGGUUUUCAUACGAUUUAUUUUAAUUUUUUAUUAUCAUCAUUGUCGUUUGCGUCACAGAAUAAAAAUUUAUAAACUUUUUUCGAAAUUUUUAUUCUCCCGCCGAUAUUUUUGUGCGUAUUUGUGCACUUGUGCCGUGUCGUUAUUAACAAUUAUACAUACGUAUUGACAUUUAUUUAUUUUUUGUAUUUUGAAUAAUUUUUAUUUUUACUUGUUUUGUGUUAACUCGUUUCUUUUUUACGGAACUCAAUUUUUGCCAGUCUUCUGACUCAUUCUGACAUGACUGAAGAAUCAACAAACGUUUGAACAAUCCCGAGUCUUCUGCGAAUACACAUCAGACGGUAUAUAUAGUCGUCGUCGUACCCCAGGAGUACGAGUAGCGGAAGAAGUAGCGGCCUAUUUAGCGCCCGCUUGCAAACAAAUCACCUAUCAUUUUUAAAAUAUAAAAACAUCCUGAACGAGUCAUGGAGGUGGGUCUGAAGAAGGACUCGCCCAUUACAUACAGCAACGGAAAGCGUCUGUUCACCAUCGACCAGAAGGUGGACGCGCUGGUCCGCAUCAAGAUGACUGGUUGUUCAAAGGCCGAAGUGGCCAGGAGCCUACACGUGGCCGAGUCCACGUUCCGCGGCUGGUUUAAGAACAAGGACAUUGUUAUGAAGGCAGAGGCCAAAUACAACGAGAUGAAGUCAAAGUCUUCGUCCACGUCAUCGGAUGGUUAUAAGUCGGACGACAAUUCUAAAUCAUUUUCUGUUGACGGCUCAGACAACAACUCAUCGACAUACACAGAUGAGCGGGAGGGAAGCGUGUCACGGUUCAGCAGCCCAGAUCCCUGCGUUUCCAAUUCAGUUCGUCGCAGUCCCGAGAGACUUCAUCACCACCAACAGCAUCAUCACAAGCUCAAGUUGAAAAAACAACAACUCAACAAUAACAUGACCUUGAACAACAACAACAAUGUUGGCGGCCUGCUGGGUGGUGGUUUGAUGGGUACCGGUCUCAACGCUGGUCUCAAUGCUGGCCUUAAUGCUAGCCUCAACGCCAGCCUCAACGCCGGGUUCAACGCAAGUCUCAGCGCAAGUCUUAACGCAAGUCUCAGUGCGGGUCUCAACGCAAGUCUCAGUGCCGGUCUCAACGCAAGUCUCAGUGCCGGUCUUGGCGCAGCUGGACUUGGUGGUGGCCAUGGCGUCGCCGGCUUAAAUGGUGGUCUCAGCCUUAAUCAGCAACAGCAACAACUGCAACACCAUUUGACCCAGCUUGCCCAUCACCCGCUCCAUCACAAUAUGUCGUCACUUGGCGGCCUCAAGAGCAGCAACGUCACCGCCGCAGCAGUUGCCGCAGCUGCCGCAGCCGCAGCGGCCGCCGAUCUUAGGCUGAACCCCGUUGAAGUCCAAAACAAGCUCGGCGAUUUCUAUAUCCCGACCUCAUUGCCGGCUCCCCCGCUACCAGGUUCACUCAACUAUCUAUCUCCGAAUUUCACUGCGGAAAAUUCCUACAACAAGUCGAGCAGUUUCAUCAACACCAUGGUGACGGCCACGCUGAUGGAGCCGCAGGCAUUGGACCUGUCCACGCACUCGAGGAAUAAGUGUAAGGAUUGCAAACCGUCAUUAACCACAACCAUGGUCACAAACACCACCACCACUACACAACCGAGCUCGAAAAUACUGAGGCACAAUUCUUACAGAAACCUGUACAAGCCGUAUAAUAGCAGGUGCACCGACGACAUCGUACAUACUAGACAAGGUAUUAACCCCAGGAACCCAUUGUGGCAAUUGUAAACUAAAAAGAAAAACCUAAAAAUACACGUCGUCCACAUCUUAUUCAAAACACAGAAGAAAAAUUACAAAAGGACGACGAAUUUACCUAUCCGCAUCUCUCCGAAUCAAUCUAAACAUUUUAAAAAGAACAGAACACUACACGUAACUCCCUAAUUUCCGGACAAAUUCAUUAUCAUAUAAGA